CUCCAACUAUAGUUUUGGUUUCCACAAAUAUUGAGGACGCUGACCUUGUAGAUUGAUGUCGAAGUCAAGUUUUAGAGUAUUGGAUCGCAGCGUUUCCAUUUCCCAGAAGAAACUACGGAGUUAACUUUAAAAUAAAUGGCUGCCGUCGAUUCGGGAGUCGAAACAGAAAGUGAGAGCUUCAACGAAGACAGCAGCAACAGUUUACCCUCAACUCCCAAAGUCGAAGACGAGGGCUUACACGGAGUUAAACAGAAGGUUCAUGUGUCGAAACCGGUGGUCCAGCAAUUCAGUGUAGACCCUCCAGCAGGGCUUUCGUUUGAAAAUCUCAGACCAUGUUUGAAUUUCGGACAAGGAUACGAAGCCCAGAUGCUGGGACAAAAUUAUCCAAAUGCGGUUGGGUUGCCUUCCUUUAACUGUAAAAUGAGAGCCAGUCGGGGUGUGAGAGUGGUGCGUUUCUACCAACAGAGCAAUGCAAGAAGCUGGAGUAAAUGGAAACUUUACUUGGGCGAAAGAAAACUCCGUCUGGCUGCAAACACUAAUGACUUAGAUAGACUGAAAACUUUGUUGGAUUCUGGGAUAGAUCCCAAAUCUUGUGAUGAGUUUCUCCGAACUGCUUUACACCUUGCUGCCUCCAAAGGUUACACAGAAGUUGUGAGGCUUUUGCUACAUUAUGGUGCUGAUCCCAAUCAAAUUGACUCACUCGGAAAUACACCUCUGCAUUUAGCUGUCUGCACAAAUCAUGUAAACGUUGUGACACUGUUGCUCCGAUCAGGAGCCAAUUUACGCCUUCUUGACCGAAUGGGAAGAAAUCCCUUACAGUUGGCUGAAUCGAAACUAAAGCUCCUGCAAAAGAGAAAUAUUGGCGAAAACUUUAUGCAAAUUCACUGUGAAGUUUUACAAGUGGUUGAAAUGUUAAAAACGUACCUGGAGAAAACUGGACAAGAUGACGAAGCUGAACUAAUGAAGUCGUUCUCCGAGAGGCUGACGUUAAAUAACAAUUCGGUUGGCAGCAACAACAAUAACAAUGACAUGGAAUCGAGUGUAAAGGAACUUCUUGCCAGCCUGACGGCGCUCAAUUUGAAAAAGGAAUCCGAUAACUGAAGGAAAAAAACGUUUUGACGGCAAUUUCACUUGCCCCCCCAGCAAUUGGUACGGUCUCCCUAGUUGUAAUCACCAAAUUCUCAUGACAAAAAUAUCGAUACAAAUAUCUUAACCAUUUCCAAUAAACUUCAAGUGACGCAAUACUGAAAACAAAACAAAACAAAAAAAAAGCCCCGAGUCUCCGUGAACUAUUUUUCCAAUGAGAAUUUAUAAUUAGUUAUAAAGAAUCCAAAUAGAUACGUCUAGACUAUGUCUAGAAUUUAAUAAUUUAAACUAAAAAAAAAGCGGCCACUGCCUUAAGAAAAAGCAAUUGGCAAAAACAAAAAAAAAAAGGAAAAUAUUUCGACCCCCAAAAAUCUCGUUAUAUCCCGCGUGAGUUUGUUUGUUUAAGCCGUCCCUGGUGAAUGAGCAAUAAAUAAUUAUAAAACAAAA